AUGCCACGAGCACCCGGAGGUAGAUCUGCCUCGUCGAAGGGCCAGCCUUCUACUGGGCCAGCAGCUUCCCACAACAAAGAAGGAACAUCGAAGACAUCGGUCAUUGGCGAUGAGUUUUGUCUACUUCCCAUUCCUCGGCUUCACUCUCCCAGGCCCCCGAAUGAUACUGAAAGGGCUCGCAUACAGACUAUGGACCGACUCCAAUACUUCCUCACUACGGCUCCCACACAAUGGUCGGGUCCGCAAGCUCAGCAACGCGCUAGCAUGGUUCAAUUUCCACUGCCAAACGGAGAGAAUGUCUCUUGUGUGCUAUGGAAUGGUCUCUAUCAUAUCUCUGGGACUGAUAUAGUACGAGCUCUGGCCUUCCGCUUUGAGGCAUUUUCCCGUCCAGUUCGCCGCACGCGAAAGUGGGAAGAAGGCGUGUUCUCAGACUUAAGAAAUUUGAAAGCUGGCGUGGACGCAACGCUGGAAGGGCCGAAGUCUCCUCUGCUGGAUUUUCUCUUUCGUAAAGGCUGUAUCAGAACGCAAAAGAAACAAAAGGUAUUCUACUGGUUUUCAGUACCUCAUGAUCGAUUAUUUUUGGACGCUUUGGAAAGGGAUCUGAAGCGCGAGAAGGCCGGUCAAGAGCCGACAUCUGUUGUUGUUGGCGAGCCCGCCAGCAGUUUCAGAUAUGAUCCACAUCGAAGUCUCUACGAGCAAUUCAGCAGAUAUAUCUUGGAGCGCAAUCCAGUGUAUACGAAGUCUCGCUUGGUACCGACGCUUCAGUCUGCUACGGACGCACUCGAUACACACGCAGAAUCUCGAGCUCUUGAUCUGUGUCACUUCGACGUGCAACAUGGUGCGCAAGUGUACUCUGCGCCAUUAGGCCAGGAAUCUAUCAUUAUCUCACCUUCUAGAGAUACGAUGAACACUAGCCGCCGCCAUGGUAUCGGUCAUGUCAUCCCUAUGGAACCGAAUGUCAGUGUGAACUCAAAUUCAAGGCUGCUGGGCCAACGGACAUCCCCUGUUCAGGCUUACGAGGCGGAGCCGGCGCCUUCACAUGAAGCAUUGAGUGCUCGGGCAACACAUUCGCCUGUAGGCAGCAGAAUAUUUGACCCUUACCACCACGAGGAGCACCCUCCGUCUGAUCAGAUAUUUCCCCUCCAGGCCCCCGGGCCGUCAUCCAGUUUCGGACACGUUUGUCCUUAUGAUACAUGUCGUCGCCCCUUUAAACGCUCGGAGCACUUGCGGCGCCAUAUCGGUAGCCACACUGACGAACGGCCUUACUCUUGCCUUAUCUGUCGGCGAACGUUCAGCCGUAACGACAACCUUCUUCAGCACAGCAAAAUCCACUGCAGACGACAAGGCUCAGAGAUGAGUCUUGAAAGUGUGACAGCGCAUACGGAGAGUGUCAGUGAGGGAUACUUGCGCGGAACUAGCCUAUCAGUGCUCGACAGAGCCAGGGCUGUCUCUCAGUACACACCUUGCGCUGUAUCUGUCCUUCUGCCUGUUGUUUCCCUGAAGGAUACUGUCUCCUCGGUGCCUCUUCUCACCGGGGCUUCAAACUAUCUCCCUUGGGCUGAGACGCUCCAGUUUGCCUUGUCUGGGGUCCGUGGGUGUCUUUGUCUGCUAGACGAGACCCCUGUCUCCUACCUUCCCUCCAAAUCGACCCCUACUCCUUACACCACCUCUCUUCCCGCCGCGGUCUGGAAGCACCUCGAUACUGCUCUCGCUCAUGCUAUCGUGCGUUCGCUCAGUCCCGACCUCGCUGCCCUAUUCCAAUCCAUCGUCCUCGGUCAUCCCUGUUGCGCCGCCGGGACCCUCUGGCUCAAGCUGGAGGCCGAUUACGGUGGUCGAUCGUCCUACGACCUGUGGCAGGCUGUCCAGGCCCUCACCCCUCAGCCCCAGGGCUCUACUCCGGUAACCGAGUUCAUGACGGCUCGCAAGAACAAGUUCAAGGCCAUCAAGGCAGCUGGGUACACCUUCGACAGGUGGUUCCUGGACACUCUCGUCGCCGACCUUGGUCCCCAUCUCGGCCCCACUGUUCGCUCUCUCGACUUUUCCACCCUGACCUACGACUCGUUGUACGCUGCUGUUCGGGGGGUCGACGACAGUCACCGUCUGCAUGCCGCGCUGCCCUCCUCGUCUAUGGCCCUUGCGGCCUCUGUAACUCCGAUCGUCCCGUCUGCUGCCUACCCUUGCGACAUCUGUCAGAGUCCUGAUCAUUGGUCCCCCACCUGUCCUGAGCGUAAGGCCCCUGACGCUCUCGCUCGGAAAGAGGCUUCUCGCCGGGCUCGGGCCCAGCGUGCCAAGGUUCCAGGGCAGAUUGUGAAGGUGAUCGAGUAUUCUCGCCUCCCGGCUCUCGCCUCCAUCGUCCGCGGCCUGCUCUCUGCUCCUCGUCCUUUUGAUUCUGCUCUGUCUAUGGCUCCCUCGUCCGCCCCUUGGAUCUACGAUACUGGCGCCGGUGCCCACAUGACGGGUGACGCCUCCUGGGUACAAGGUGUUCGUUCUCCUGCCAGUCCCAUGGCGGUCCAGGCUGCAAAUCAGGCGUGUCUCCCUGUGUCUGGUGCGGGGGAGGGUCUCUUUCCGCAAUCAUCUUGGCGUCCCGGUCGUUAUCGACAAUGUCCUUGUGGUUCCUGGGCUUGGACCCUCGAGGAUGGUACCGGGGUGAUUGGUCCUCCUUCCAACCCAGAGCUUUUGCGUGUCCAGCUUGUCGCGAACUCUUGGGACCUUGAGGUUACUCGCUCGCCUGCCCCUGCGCUUCCUGCCCUGAUUGCGUCCACGGGUCCUCCUGGCCGACGUCCCGCUGCUGCUCCGCUUGCCGUCUGGCACCGCCGUCUUGGCCAUCUCGCCAUGGCUGCCGUCAAGAGCACCCACUCUCGCUUGAGUGUCGGCGCCAGCUUGUCUCCCGGCCCGGAACCUGGUCUUUGCGAAGGGUGCGUCAUGGGGAAGAGCUCUGUCUCCCCCUUCCCUUCCAGCCAGUCCCGCGCUGACACUCCCCUUGCUCUCGUGCACACAGACAUCUGCGAGAUGGGAGUGGCUAGUGCUGCCGGCGAGAAGUACUUGCUGGUACUGGCGGACGAUCAUACUCGGUGGACUUGGGGUUACGUUUCGAAGAAGAAGAGCGAUGCACUGGCCUGUUUUCAAGAAUGGCUUCCGUUCGUUGAGCGUCAACACGCUCAUCGUGCUCGGGUGAUUCGGUCCGACAAUGGUGGGGAGUUCAUCAGUGGUGCGUUCGAAGGGUUUCUGUCUGGGUUGGGUGUCCGCCAUGAGACUACCGUUCCCUACUCGUCACAGCAGAAUGGGAUAGCUGAACGUGCGAAUCGCACGAUUGUUGAACGUGGUAUCUCCCUUUUGUCGGCUGCCCAUCUUCCUACGACCCUGCGGCCCGCCAUCAUGUCUACCGUCGUCUAUCUCAAAAAUCGGUCGCCUUCGCGCAGUAUCUCUACCACUCCUUUUCAAAUGCUCUUCGGUACCCCUCCCAACCUCUCGCAUCUCUGUGUCAUUGGGUGUGUCGGUUGGGUCCAUGUUCACAAGAAGAAACGCCUUCAUAAGCUUGCUCCUCGGGCCUAUCGCUGCGUACUUCUCGGUUACAGCACUACUCAGAAGACUUAUCGCCUGUGGGAUCCGGCAAAGAAAGAGGUUGUGGUCGCCCGCAGUGUUGUCUUUGACGAGGGUGUCAUGGGCAUGGCCCCUGGCUCGGCUGAUGGUCUGCUGGAUGACCUAGCUCCUGCGCCCUUCCGUGCUCCUGUUUCUGUGGGACAUGGUGGUGAGGAUGCUGCCGUCUGGGAUCGCGGUGAUGACGCUGUGAGUAUUGUGGAUGAUUCUGUUGUUGAGGAUGAUGAUGCUCCCUUACCGCCUAUUAUGGAUGGCUUCGAGGAUGAUGCUGAGGAUAGGAGUGAGGCCGGGAGUGAGGCCGAGGCCAAGGCGGAGGAGGAUGAGGCUGCUGAGGAGGAUGAGGGUGGCGAGGCUAUUGCGGCUGGUGAGGAUGUUGACGCUGUGAGUGUUGCCGAUGCUCGGUCUGUUGUUGAGGAUGAUGAUGCCUCUUCAGAUGACUUGCCCUAUUAUCCUGGCUAUGUCUACGAGCCCGUGGUCCCUGCUCCUCCCCCAUCGCCUCCACCGCGCCAUCUUUCCUUCGCUCGGGUAAAAAUCGCCCUCCUGCCCUUCUAG